GUCGACAGUUUUCGGAAAACGAACACAACUUUUGACAAGCCUUCUUCAAGAGGCGCAUCCGUGGAAUAUGAACAGAGAGACUCGCUUAGUGGCACAGAUUAAGAGAAAGAUAUUAAACCGCAAACUUGUUGAGAAGACGUGGAGCUAAAGUCGACGAACGCCAGUGUCUGGUUGGAAAACAAGAGAAUUUUACUGACCUAUCAUAGCUGAAGAGAGUUCUUGCUGUAUUGUAGUCUUUUAAAGUCAACCGAAAUUCAAAGUUACUGAAAGAACUCAAAAGAUCAGAAAGGCCGACAUCUAGAACGAGCUAAUGUCCAUCUGCACGACAUCAAUAGAAAGUCUGAAGAAUCGCACGGAUGAGUUGAGCAUCAGAAUAAACUACUAAGAUUGAGAGCUAGCAUCCUUCAGAAGAAAGUCACUUUACUGUUACUGACAAUACGUUACUCGCUUUACAUACAGUCCUUAUAUACAAGAUGUUUAACAGAGCAGCAGUCCUGUUGGGGAUGAAGAUCGCUGUCACGAUGUUAAUGAUGCUUGGAACACAACUGGAGGCAGCACCCACUGAGAGAGGCUUCAUGAAACCGCCAGAUCCUCUUCCUAGCAUCAGUCAUCCAUCAACCGCUCCACAAAAGUCAUUAAAUCCAAGCCAAUACCUGAAAAACUGGCUUCAGAGUACCAAAGCAGCCAGACCCACUGACAAAGCCGCUACAAGGACCAUCACAAGAAGCAUCAGACAAAUGAAGAUCCACCCCGACGCUGCAGCUCCAGAUAAACAAGCCAAGAUGCUGAAGAUGAUCUCUGCCUUGGAGGAGCUGCACAGAGUAUUUAACAGCACACUGAGCUCACGGAUCACCAUCAUGCCCCGAGCAAAUGGCAGGAAUUCCGGCAGAAAAAAUAAAGUGCUCCCAGCUGCUGAGGUCGGAGUGAAGCCAACCACUGCAACCCCAGCAGCAGUCGACAGCACCGCAUCCAGAGCCAGCACAGAUGCCGUCGUCCCGAGUCUGACUGGUCGAAACUUUAGGAAGUCCCUCCCACCGCAGACCAAGAAGACCAACAAAAGAGUGUGUUUCUGGAAGUACUGCUCCCAGAACUGAUCGUCUCCAUCAUCUCUUCCAUCCAUCCACCUACCCAACCAUAAACAGUUAUUUUUAAAUUCAUGACAUUCCCAAUCAAAAAACUUUCCCUCCUUUAUUCCCAAAUGGAUAUACAUUCCAGUCACAUUGCACACAUGUGAUACAGUGUGUAGAAUUCAGCUAAAUUUAUUUGGAGCGGAGAGUUUAUUUAUUGUCCAGUGCUGUUCCUGAGAAGACAAUGCGAUGCGACUUUUAAUCGACUUUUGUGAACCUGAAGGUCUUAGCUGGGCACAGAGGCAGGAUUAUAUAAUAGAAAACUGGCUGGUUGAUUGAAUUCAUUAGUGUGACUGUAGUUUCCAUCCUUCCAUCCCUGCCUCUCCUUUGUUUCUUCCCUGACCUCUGAGUGCUAGGAGACUGUCGCCGUGGCACCGCGAAGCUCGUCGCCUCCCACCAGGCCGGCGCCAACCUUCACUCGGACCUUUUCAUUCGCUCAUUAAUUAACACGACUGACCAAUCAAAGAAGACGAUGUGCGCUCGUGGCAUGAACAAACACUCCUCUUAACUCUUUCCCCUGCAUUAGGAGACAGACACACGUCGGUUCUGUAUGUGUGCGCCAACUUUGAAAUAAAGUUCAUCUCUAGCAUGGCAAAUGCAAACUGUGACAAUAAAGAUUGAGAUUUUAUUUUUCUACAGUUA